AUGCUGAAGAGCCUGCAAGAUGUGAAAGUGGCACACCUCAAGCCCUCCCCCGACUGUCCGUCCACCCAGGAUCUGCUGAACUCACUGCAGCAGGUGGAGAAGAUUCUAGCAGUCCAAGAGUCUUCAUACCAACAGGGGCUUCGGUCCCUCAGAAAGAAGAUCAAUGCCUUGCACAACAGCACUAUGGCCAUCUUUAAAGCCGGGAAAAAUGCUUCCUGUCCCAAGCCAGAACCUCCGGCUCACGGCCGCAGACUGGGCCGAGUGUUUGAACUGGGGCACGAGGUCCACUUCCUGUGUAAGCCCGGCUACGAGCUGAUUGGCCCGCGGACUCGGGUGUGUCUGGAGUCCCUGAGGUGGAGCGGCCAGCAGCCCAUGUGCAGACGACUCAACCUCACCACCAACUCCCUGGCGUCCUUCUCUCCUGCUGCUUCCUCCUUAUCGUCCUCGUCCUCCUCGUCCCCUUAUGCCCCUGCUGCCCUGUCGGCGUCUUCGUCCUCUCAUCCCUCGGAGUCCGUCCGACCCUCACACUGCACACACUUUCUGGGCUCCACCCGCUGCACCUGUGACGUGGGCUUCACCAUAUCGGGCCGAGACAACAACAUCUGCAAAGACAUCGAUGAGUGCCACCUGUUUCCUCUCAGCCAGCCCGGCCGGCUGUGCCUCCACCGCUGCGUCAACACUCCGGGCAGCUUCCACUGCCUGUGUCCGGACGGCUACCACAUGGCGGGCGACGGCCGCAGCUGCACAGAUAUCAACGAGUGCCAGACCCGGAUGCACAACUGCACGGCGGACCAGGUCUGCGUCAACACCUUCGGAGGCUUCCAGUGCGUGACGGUGGAGUGUCCUCAAGUGAAAAACGCCACUUACAUCAGGACGUCUCAGAUGCGCUGCGAGAGGAAUCCCUGCAUGCUGGGCGACACCGGCUGCGUUCAGGCACCAAACUCCAUCUCCUUCCACUUCCUGGCCGUGGUGUCCAACAUGUCCGCCCCCCGUGUCCUCUUCCGGGUGUCGGCGGCCCGCGUGCUGGGCGACACGCUGCGGUUCGGCCUGGCGGGCGGGCGAGGCCGCGGCCACUUCAGCGUGCAGCGCUCCGGACGGCAGACCGGCACCCUCCUCCUGGUGGCGCCCAUCCAGGGCCCGGCCACCCUGGAGGCCGAGGUGGAGAUGAGCGAGCUGGAGCGCCACACCCUGCUGGGCCGCUACCUCACCAAGGUCACCCUCUUCGUCUCACCCUACCAGUUCUGA